AUGCCUUUGGAUGCAAUUUAUUGUGUCGGAUUUGAAUUAUGGAAGGAUGGAAAUAUAUAUUGGCAAGUCAAUGAUGUUUUGGAGGAUGUGGAAUUUGAUGAAAAUUUUUUGGAUAGAAAAAAGUAUUUGUAUGAAGAGGUCGAAAUAGAAAAAGAAGAUGUUUCUAGAAAAAGUUAUCUUUCAUCUCUUGAAUAUGAACUAGAAAGAUUAAAGACUCUAGAUAAAGGAAAAGCACUUGAAGGUGUAAAAUAUGCCAAUGUGCCAGAAUCUAGCAUAAACAAUAGUAAAGUCGAACAUACUAAUCCUUUUUUAGAGUUAUUGAUGCCAUGCACUCCUUAUCAACUUUAUACAAGCGUCACACCAGAACAACAAUCAUUGCGUAACUAG